AAUUUUUUUAUAUAAAUUUUCAACUUCACGCGAAAAGUCCGUCUCUGAUCCGUUUAAUAUUUAAAGAUACGAAUGCGAUGUACUUCUAUAUCUUCGCUCAAAACUAAAAAUAAAGCAAUGGGCAUUUUUGAGUAGGUUUACAGCACACGUUCUCAAAUUGCUUUCGAGAAUAUAUCGUCCGAGUGGAAAAUUAUGAAGUGGUUUUCAUGUUCCUUUCAACUUUAUUUAACAUUGUUUUGUAUUUUAUUUUUUCUACAAAAAUGUAGCGCAUUAACACAAGGCCAACUGAUCGGUAAUUGGGCACAAAAAAUUGGAAUAGAACUUUGGGAAUUAGCUCAGUUAAUUACAAAUAAUACGGAAAUUAAAAGAAGAUUCAGUCGAAUGGGCAAUCCGAGGAGCGAGAGUUAUCAUUUAGAAGAUUCCUCAUACCUAAGAGCUUCUGUUGAAAAAAAAGAUCCGAAAUCUUUGUUAGUUGAAAUAGUUGACAAUAUCGCUAGAAUGAUGGAUAGAAAAAUGGAUGCUAUUAGGUGUAUAUCAAAGAAAGCAGAAGAAGCAGCGGAACAAUUUGAGUUUAAUACAACCAGCAGUAAUUACACUUAUUACAGUUCUAAAUAUUCAUCAAUUGAAGGAGAAGAACCAACCGAAUUACCCGAGUCUAUUCAAGAUAACAGUUUUAUGUAUUUACCUAUGGCAGUAAAUCAUGAUACACAUUUUUAUAAUUUACCAGUGAACACUAGUUUUAGCGCUGUACACGUUCCAACAAAUGUUUAUGAUAGACAUGAAGAACCAGAGACGUUCAUAAAAUGGUCUGAAGUACUAGACGAAGUUUUCAGACAAAAUUACAAGUCCGAUCCAGCCUUAUAUUGGCAAUAUUUCGGAAGUUCAACUGGAGUUAUGAGACACUAUCCAGCUAUGAGGUGGGUCAAUCCACACGAUCAAGAUCUUUUUGACUGUAGAAUUCGGACUUGGUUUAUAGAGGCAGCGACCUGUACUAAAGAUGUUGUUAUUCUUGUGGAUAAUUCCGGUUCGAUGGCAGGGGUUCGUAAGCACAUUGCCGCUAUAACUGUUUUUAAAAUAUUAGAAACUUUUUCUAAUAACGAUUACGUAAACAUAUUGAAUUUUUCAAAGACGGCCGACUAUCUAGUACCUUGCUUUAAAGAUAUGUUAGCUCAAGCUACCCAAGAGAACAUUCAGGUCUUUAAGCAGUUCAUGUCGACGCUAGAUCCUUGCGAUAAAGCUGACCUGAACAUUGCUAUGGAAAAAUCUUUCCUUUUACUCGAAAAGUAUAGGGAACAGAGGGGUUGUGUCGGGAAUAGCUCCAGCUGUAACCAAGCUAUCAUACUUAUAACUGACGGAGUUGCAGGAAAUAUGAGUCAGUUAAUUAACAAAUAUAAUAAUUUUUAUAACGGUUCUGUUAUUCCUGUAAGAAUUUUUGUAUACCUAAUAGGAAACGAAGUAACUAAUGAGCAAGAAGCUAAAUGGAUGGCAUGUAACAACCGAGGGUAUUAUAGUCAAGUAGAGGCAUUAGAACAGGUAUCAGAAUCGGUGUACGAAUAUAUUCCCGUAAUAGCAAGACCUUUAGUAUUACAGGGUGACGAUCACCCAAUAUCUUGGACUCAUGCUUACGCAGACAUGACUUUCAAUUCCGAAAAUACAAACAUAUUUGAACAAUAUAGAUUACUUACAUCUGUAGCAGUCCCUGCUUUCGAUACCAAAGUUAAUAAACAGAACGACACUCGUACUGCUGACUUGUUAGGUGUUGCUGCAACGGACAUUCCUAUAAAAGAUAUAGAAAAAUUAACACUACCAUAUAAAAUAGGAGUAAACGCCUAUUCAUUUAUUGUGAGUAAUAACGGCUACGUUUUAAAGCACCCGGAUUUGAGACCUCUAUACAAAGGCGUUUUAAAACAUAACUAUAACAGUAUUGAUUUGACGGAGGUGGAACAACUCGAUAAUAACAAGGGUCCUAGAGAACCAGAUUCUGUAUUGCUCUCGUUGAGGAACUCUUUAGUAACAGGAAAAGAAGGACAACUUCACGACGUUAAAGUAAAAUAUCAUUAUGACGACAUGCGGAGAGUUUCGAGGGAAAUUUUUGAUUACUAUUUUGCGCCUAUCAAGAACACUCCCUUUUCCAUUGCCAUUGCUAUUCCUGAUUCAUAUGGAAAUUACUCUUUAGAAGUUGGAGACGAAAUUCGAAAAAAUGUUGGAGUUAAAUUAACAAGUUUUUUUAAGGGUAGCAAUUGGAAAAUUCACCCCAAAUGGGUUUAUUGUAAAUAUCACUAUUUGGAAGGUCAUGAAUUUGAUACACCUGAAAGUGAACUGUUACAUUUUUUAGAACGAAUGUACGAUAAAAAUUUUAAGUGGGGGAGGCAAUAUGAAGCUGCUAAUAAGAAAAAACACCCAGAGUUUAAUAUAUAUGUGGAAGAUUUGGAAGGAACGGAAUGUGGAAGGAAGACAUUACAAGACGACGAUUAUUAUUGCGAUAAAGAUUUAGUUCAAAGGCUAAUCUUUGACGCUAGAAAUACUUUGAUAGAAUUUGAAGAACCAUGGAAAUUUAAAGAAGAGAUAGAUAAAUUUUUAUUCAUGCGGUUUAAUGCCACCCUCAGAUUUGUGGCUACCAUGAGUGGACUCACCCGAUGGGAGUACAUUUUUGGAGAAAAAGAUAACAGUUCAGAGUUCGAAUUUGGCGAUAUUCACCCUCAAGCUAUUGAUGAAAUAUGGUACAAAGAAGCGGUAUUACAACACAAGCACGAUCCCGACUCGUUUGUUUAUUCUGUCCCACUGGAAAAAUAUACAGGAGAUAGUUUAGUUACAGGAAGUUAUGCGAUUUUCCCAAAAGUUGGGAAAAUUGAAACGCCAGCUUCAGUUGUUGGUUUCCAAUUUUCACACAGUCAUCUACAUCAAAGAUUUUUUAAUAUUACAGAAAAUACACUAGAUGUAAGCUAUUUUUCAAUACAGGGUAACUUUCCAAAACUUUUAAAUGCCUACUUUUUGAAGUGCGGCAGUGGGUGCGAACCUUGCGGGGAAUUACUGGAUUGUUAUAUAAUAGACAGUUCUGGCUACAUAGUUAUAGCAAAGGACAAGAAAAUGACCAGUAAAUUCUUUGGAGAAGUAGAAGGUGCCGUUAUGGACUCAAUGUUAACUCAAGGGAUAUUUGAAAAAGUCACAGUUUACGAUUUACAAGCUAUUUGUACCUUUAACUUCACAAUAUCCAGUGAUUCAAGCUUUAUAGAAACGCCUUUAAAUUUCAUCUUAAAAUUAAUCAAGUGGUUUUUGGCAAAAAUUGCGUGGUUGAUAGUAGAAUCAAAUAUAUGCAAUUUUUUUUAUUUAAAUCCUGUAAAUGCAGACUGUUCUGAAGAAAAUUAUGUCUCGUCCCUAAUUUCCACAACAACUUCCACAACUACCCCAAAGCCAACCGUUAGAUACUUAAGAAAGGGCGAAGUAAAAGAGGAAGAAGAAUACUAUUACCAAUUACGACAACCGAAAUACGAACUUAGAAGUCGACCUUGUGAUAAAAAAAGAGACCUGUUUAUUCUCAAUCAGUUGCUUUUUAUAAAGGGACACGGAUUCCCUGAGGAAGUACCUAGGGAGUGUUCUAGGCCUUUUUAUGUAAAAAGAAUUCCUUACAGUAAUUUGUUAAUGGUAGCAAUCCGAGCUACGUCCCAAUGUUCUAAAUGUUACACAGUUGAGGAAAAAGAAGUAUAUUACAACAUUACUGAUUUUCCUUGUCAUAAACUAUAUUUAAACAAUUUAUCCAGAAGAAGAUUAACAGGAUGCUAUAAUGAACAUCCUUUGGAGCAUGAAAUAAAAGCGUGUGGAAAAUCUUCUAAAUUACUCUUUUUCUGGUAUAUACUAUUCAUCCAUGUUGUUAUUCUUUUUAUAUGAAAUACUUAUUAGGAAAUAAUUUCAUACCAUUUUAUAAUAUUAAAUAAGCU